GUUGGGUUUUCUCGUCAGUAGCAAAACAAAAAUGGCGUGGUUGUGUUACGUUCGUAGUGGGUUCUGUGCGUAUUUUUUUAUUGUGUUUUGGAUUAAUUGGGCGAACUCGAGCAGCGAUUACCAUUUUUACCAAGGUUCUCCGUACCAGAGAUCGGAAAAUCUAGGACUAGAAUUAAUAGACAAUAAGGAUGUGUUCCCGCCGCAUAGUGUGCACAGAAGAGAGGUACCAAUACAACCACCACCACCACCACCACCAAUGGACAACAACACAACGCUACAGCCAAACACAACCACCGACGAGCUGAUAAUACCUCAUCUAAAGGACGCGAAACCAAAUAAAAUGCAGAAACUACUGAACACGACGAUGACGAAAGUGCCCCUGAUGAAGGAACUGAAAAACUUGGGGGUGAACGGAACGGGGCAAAGAAAAUAUAAUUCACCGGUGAUCGCCAAACUGCCCACCGAGAACGUGACCAUCUUCACCCAAACACAGGACAAAGGGAACACGCCGAAAGCGGUCGGAACGAUGGACGUCGACGACGUAUUCUCCUUUCCCGACAACAAGACGCUGCAAAUGCACAACAUCACCACUCAGAAAUUUGAUUCUCACAUAUAUUACAACAGCACGUUGAUUACGGACGAAAGUACGGGUCAUUAUUACUGGGUCAACAUGGAAAAUCGGACAGACGUUAAAUAUAACGAUCUAUUAUCGACAUCGCAUCGCAGAGCAGCGACUGUGAAACUGAGUUUCGACUUUCCGUUCUAUGGGCACACAAUAAAAAAUGUGACGAUUGCAACAGGCGGUUUCCUCUACACCGGGGACUACAUACACUCGUGGUUGGCGGCAACCCAAUACAUCGCUCCUCUUAUGGCAAAUUUUGACACGAGCUUGUCGAACGACAGCUUCAUCAAAUACGUGGACAACGGUACUGCCUUUACUGUGGAGUGGGAAAAAGUUUCGUUGCAGGACAAACCCAACGAGGGCACGUUUACAUUCCAAGUAACGCUGUUGAAAAGCGGGGACGUGGUUUUUGUUUACCAAAACGUCCCCCUAUUCAUCGAGAACAUCAAAGACGAUCACCACCCAGUUAAAGUCGGAAUGUCCGACGCCUACAUAAUGGAUCGUCAAAUAUUCUAUGUGAGAAGAAAAACCAUUUACGAGUACCACCGUGUCAACUUCGCCAAAGAGGACGUCAAAAACUGGACGGUCAUAUACCUGAAAGCGUUGCCGACUUGCUUGGACCACAAGGAUUGUGAAAGCUGCACCAACAACAAACUUCCAUCGUUCAACUGUACGUGGUGCCCGAAGACGCGUCGUUGCUCAAACGACGGCUUGGACCGUUUCCGCCAGUCCUGGGUGACCAACGACUGCGGCACCAUCAAGGUGAACAAUGCCUCAGUGUGCACGCCCGAAAUGAACAGCGAGAGCAAUCCUUCGGCGUCGCCGUAUGACGCGACCACGCAUCAGGACGAUUCGGGAGUCAUGAGUGGCGAAAUCGUAAGACCCGCAGCCAAGAUGAGCGUCACAGCUGUGGUUGCCCUCAUGUUUCUGAUCUGUAUGGUGUCUGGUAUGUCGUUUUGGAUUUUGUACGCUUAUAGAAAUCCGCACACGACGAGUGGACAGAUGCUCAUUAGGUAUCGUCCGAGUCAGUGGCAUUGGCGGAGAGGUGAAGCUCGUUACACAGCAGCUACAAUACACAUGUGAUAAUUGUUUUAAUCAAGAGUAGACGUUAUUAUAUCAUUCCAUAUCCAUCCAUCACACAAACUACUUGGCACCAGUAGUCAUUCAAAAAUGUUCAUGGAUAGAUAAAUCGAGUUUGAUUUUAUAGUGGUUGAAUAUUUAUUCAAUAUCGAUUAAGUUUAAUAGAUUCUAGAGGAUUGUAUAUAGGUAUGUUGACAUCGAAGCAAUUAACGGCAGAAGAUCUUCGAAGUGAAAGAUCCGUGUACCACUAGUUUAUUUACUGUGAUAAAAUUUUAUAAAUUCAUGUCGUCCAAAUUGUCAAUUUUCUAACCGAGCUGCCUUUUUGUGCCUAAAUAAACUAUAUUGUAAAUACAUUUUUAUUAAACGUUUAAGCAAUACGGAAAUUUUAUAUUAUGUAUUUUGAUAUUAUAUGUAUAUUCUACAAUUUUUAUCUAUAUUAUGAAUUGUUUUAAGAAUUACUGGGAGGCUUUUAAUAAAAAAACUGUUGUUUCAUAAUCUUUAACAAUUCCCAUUAAUUCUUAUAGAAGCCAAUCUUAAUUAUAAUAAAAUUUCAAUUAAUAUUUGGAAAAGCUUUAAUGUUGUAUUGUUUUUAACCAUUGUAUCAAGUUAUUAAAUUGUAUUAGUCCAUGAUUGUAGGCAUUAUUGAAAUGUUCAUGUAAUUUUUAUCAAUAAAUAUCUACAUGUGGCAGAGUGA